AUGAUUCUCCUCAUCCCCCUCGCUAUCCUCAUCGUCAUUUUCUACCUCAUAUAUCACCAUGUCAUAGACCCUUACUUCCUCUCCCCGCUAUCUUCUAUCCCCAAUGCCAACCUCACAUCCCCUCUCUCCAGCUACUGGAUUGACCGCAAGCGCAACACAGGCACAGAAGUUCUGGCUAUAUAUGCCUUGCACCAAAAGCACGGCCCCAUCGUCCGCCUCGGUCCUAAGGAGCUGAGCAUUAAUUCCCUGCAUGGUCUCAGAGUAAUAUAUACGGGCGCUUUUGAGAAGCACUCCUUCUACAAUGAUUUCUUUGUCAACUUCCACACUGAAAACCUCGUUGGCAUGGUGCACAAUGCUCCACACGCGCAUCAGAAGCGCAUGCUGAGCAAGAUCUUCUCCAAGUCGUUUCUCCAGGAAUCCAGUGACCUGCGCACCAUUUCGAAGGUUGUGAUGUGUGAACGGUUUAUGCCUAUUCUCAAGAAGGCGGGGGAGAGUGGAGAGGUGGUGAAUGUGCUGCCACUUUUUCAGGCUCUUGGGAUGGACUUUAUCUCUUCUUUCCUGUUUGGACUGAGGAAUGGGACAACGUAUGUGUUGAAUAUACCCGAGUGGAAGAUGUGGCUGGAGGAAUAUGAGCGGUUCAAGUUUAUGAGUCGGGAGAAGCGGUACAUGGGAUUUAUUGAAAGGUGGUGCUUAGGGUUAUGCGAGCAGACGGAGAAGUUUAAAGAAGAGGAUGUCUUCGUAGAUGAGGAGAAGCUGCCAUCCACGAGCCCAGUCGUCUACAACCAGCUGCGCCAGAGCCUCCUUACCCAGAAAGAACACGAUCCACGUCCGCUCAACCUCGCAAUUGCGUCUGAGCUGCUAGACCAUUUAGUUGCAGGCCAUGAAACGUCAGGCAUCACCUUUACUUACAUGAUGUGGGAGUUGUCGCAGCAUCCAGAGCUUCAGGCUGAGCUGCGAAAGGAGCUACUCACAUUAUCUCCAUCCCUCCGAUACUCAGACAUAGAUGGAGAGAAGCCCCUUGCAUCUCCUUUCGCGAUCGACGCACUUCCUUUGCUGGACGCCGCGGUCCGCGAAACCCUUCGUCUCCACUCCCCAGCCCCAGCCCAACUCCCGCGUGUCACCCCCGCCACAGAUAAUGGAACUUCCCUGCACGGGUACGACAACAUCCCAGCCGGUGUAAAGGUCAGUUCAACCGCCUACUCCCUACACCGCAUAAGUGAGGUCUACCCCCGCCCCCUGGAAUGGCUGCCACAGAGAUGGCUCGAGGCAGGUGACAAGAUCCACGAUAUGAGGCGGCUGUUUUGGCCGUUCGGCAGCGGUGGACGCAUGUGCCUGGGAAGUAAUUUUGCAUUGCAAGGUAUGUCUACCAAGUAUUCUUCACAGAUUUUCAAGAAAAAAAAACCUAAUGGUGCAGAAAUCAAAUUGGCUAUGGCGGCUGUGUAUUCAAAUUACUCGACGUCUAUUGUAGACGACGAGGGCAUCGAGCAGGAUUACGCGUUUAUUGCGCUGCCCCGCGGUCGGAAGCUGAUGUUGAGGUUUGUCCCGGUCGGUGAAUGA